AUGACGUUGGUCGAGGAAGCGACACGGUUUAUUCUGGAGACACUGGCGGAGCCGGCGGGGCCCGCGGGGCCCGCGGGCCACGGCACUAACGCCGGGGCCGCGUCGGCCCCGCUUGUGGUGUUCGUGUCCGGGCCGCAGGGCUCGGGCAAGACGUACUCGACGCGCGCGAUCCACGCCGGGCUCGAGCGGGCGCGGCCGCAGCUGCGGUGCGCCAGCGUGUCGAUCGACGAUUUCUACCUGACACACGCGGCCCAGCACGCGCUGGGCGCGCGUUACCCGGACAACGCGCUGCUGCAGGGCCGCGGCCUGCCAGGCACGCACGACAUGCCGCUUCUGCGCGCGUUUGUGGCGUCGCUAGGCACCGCUGCAGGCACUCUGCAGGUGCCGCAGUACGACAAGGCGCAGUUUUGCGGCGAGGGCGACCGCGUGGCGCCGCGGUCCGUGCGGUUGCCGCUGGACGUGGUGCUGAUCGAGGGCUGGUUUUUAGGGUUUGAGGCCGUUGGCGCACAUGCGCUGGCGCGCAUGUACGCCGAGGAAACUCCGCGCGGCCAGGCGCUCCGCAGGCACGGCCUGCAGCAGCUCGUGCAGAUCGACGCCGCGUUGCCCGCGUACGCGCAACUGCUGUGGGACAACCCGGCGGUGAGUUCGGUCGGAGUGGUUUUAGCCGCCGACGUCGCCAACGUUUACCGCUGGCGUGCACAACAGGAACAGCAACUGGUGGCGCAGCACGGCAGCGGGAUGUCGGAGGAACAAGUGCGGAGUUUCGUGGCGCGGUACAUGCCGUGCUACGAGGUGUACUACCGGACGCUGGCGCGCGACGGGUUGUUGGGGAACCGGGGGACGCUGGUGGUGGAGCUGGACGAGGAGCGGCGUGUGCGGUCGAGCUUGCGGAGGGGUGAUGUGGGAGGAGUGUUGAAAGACUUGAGCGAGAAAGGCUGUUAG